GGAGGGGAGGGGGAAGGCUGGGAUGGGAUGGGGAGUAUAUAUUAGGUCGGGGAGUGCGGUUGUGUGCUUGGAGGUGUUAUAUCGUGGGAUCUACGAAAGAUAUAUGGGUUUAUUUAGGGAAUUAUCACGUUACAUCUCCAGUAUCAUUCUCGGAUUGAAAAUGAGCAGCAGCAGCAGCAGCAGCAACGCCGACCAACAAGCCAGCGGGCGAGCUGGUCCUAGUACAGCUCCUAAUAACUACGGCCCCGUCAUCGUUGACUCAGCAACCUACACACUCACCCCCAUCCCCGAAUCCCCCUCCGAAGACCCCAUCUCCAGCGCCGUCGAAGCCCUCGAGCAUCUCACCCUCCGCGAAGUCGGGAAUAGCUACAUCAUCGACACCCCCCGCGCCAUCGGCCACCUCACAGACACCCUCUUGGACCUCCCCACCUCCCCUCCCUCCCUCUACCUCUCCAUCUCCGGCACUUCCAUAGCCCGCAAUGGCUCCAUCUCUCUCAUCCAGCUCCUCGUACUUCCUACCAACCGAAAUUACCUAAUUGACAUCCACACCCUCCGCUCCAGCGCCUUCACCACCGCCGGUCCCCGCGGCCGGACAUUCCAAUCCAUCCUCGAAGACGCCGCGAUCCCCAAAGUGUUUUUCGACAUCCGCAACCCCUCCUCCGCCCUGCACGGCCUCUUCGCAAUCUCCCUAGCCGGCAUCCACGACCUCCAGCUCAUGGAGCUCGCCACACGCCGACGCCCACGGAGCAAGAAAUUCCUCCACGGCAUCGCGCGGUGCAUCACCUCCGACUUGUCCUUGGGAGCAUACGAGCAGCGGCGCUGGAGAGAAGCGAGGGCGAGGGGGGAGAGAAUGUUUUUGCCGGAGUUUGGGGGGGGAAGGGAGGUGCUGGAGCAGAGGCCGGUGGGGGAGGAUGUGGCGGCGUUUGUUACGCUGGAUUUGGGGUUUUUGCCGGCGUUGUGGGGGUUUUAUGAGGCGAGGUUGGGCGGGGGGUGGAGGGGAAGGGUGGGGAGGGAGACGGUUAGGAGGGUGAUGGAGGGGCAGAGGGAGGGGGAGGAGGAAGGGAGGAGGGGGAGAAGGGAUAGGGCGUUUGGGCCGUGGUGAGGGGGGGAUGGGAUGGUGUCGCUUGAGAUUUUUGGGUUUUGUGUUUGUGUUUGUGGAUUGCGAUGGAUUUGUUUUAUCAUGUUGAGAUAUGGGCGGUUUUUUGGAAGUUCGGGAAAGCAAGAGCGUGGACAACCACAAGGAAUAAUGGAAUUGGGCAUGCGUGUAUUUAGUAAAUUUGAGUUUAUGGAUAAAUAUGGAAAUAGAUUUACAUACGUGAUCGGACAUUUCCGAC